AUAAAUUAAAGCUUUCAACAUUCUCACGAUGGCUGGCGACAAGACCUACUUUCAAAAUGGAAACUUGACGGCGGCAUUCCAGAACCAGGGCAUGGCACCUGGAAGCCUGGUUGGGGCGUCAUCGCCAUGCGUGCGGGUCUUCGUGGCUGGUGCUGUGACACAUGUUGGAAAGACAUCUGUGUGUUUGGGCUUGCUGGCUGCCUUGAGAAAUAGUGGAUUGAAGGCAUCUGAGCUGGGCUAUAUCAAACCGGCUACACAGUGUGAAGCGCCAGACUUGCUAAGCAAAUGGUGUGCUUCUGAAGGCAUAGAGCAUGUUGCUGGGGAGAAUGCGCCGUUGGUCUUCUACUCUGGCUUCACUCGUUCCUUUCUAGCUGGUGAACAAGGCACAAGUGCAGAAUGGCUGCAGAAGAUCCAGCAGAAAGUUGCCGCUAUGUCCGAGGGACGCAGAGUUCUCAUCAUCGAUGGAGUGGGCUUCCCUUCAGUGGGCUCCAUUGUCGGGGUGGACAACGCUGACGUGGCCAAAGCAGCCAAGGCACCAGUACUCCUGGUUUGCAAAUCUGGAGUAGGCUCUGCUGUCGACAGCUUCAGCCUAAAUGCUAGCUACUUUGUGGCCAAAGGGGUGCCAGUGCUGGGUGCUCUUUUCAACCUGGGUGAUGCUGAUGGCUUCUACUCUUGGGACAAGUGUGCGAAGAGUAUAGAGGCAUGGUUUUCCCAGCAGGAUAGGCGGGAGCGCUUCUAUGGCGUCGUGCCCAAAGUCCAGGAGUUGGACGGUUUGCGUGAGAAGAUCUCCGAAACAGAGGAGGAUGCUUUGGAUGUCAUGGCCAAGCUAAAUGCGGACCAUUUUGGGAAACAUGCGGACAUUCUUGGCAUUUUCACCGAUGCAGGAGCAGAUCCAUGGUGCCGCUCACCUGUUCGAGUGCCUGAUGGCAAAGCCUCGAGCCUGGCACCUGCCACUUCUGCAAGCUUCAAACCGCUAUCCCGCGAGUCAGUGGUGAGUUCCGCCAAAGAAGCGGGAGCCAAAGGAGGAGGCUGAGGGUAGUGAUCAAUCGCUGACUAUAUUUGGUGUAAUUAUGCUUUGGCGGUAUACCAACCUGCUUGCAAGAACUGCUGCCGCCGCCGCUGAGCGAAUGACUGAAGCGUCUCAGAUCUAAGUUCGCAAAAGUCUGAGAGCUGAAGGAAAGCCCAGACGGCGCAAGGCUCAUGGAAAGGUCCUUGUCAGUACCAGCUAAAACUAUAUGUGCGCCGAUUGAGGCAGUACUUGGCAUGCUUGCACCGGAAGUUACGCUUUGCAAAUGUUUGACGAUCGAUGAUUAGUUUCACAAAGAAGAGGAGUGCUAUUCGGUUGCCCAAAAUGGUCUUUCGGGCGAUGCAGUGACGUCACGAGUUGCCAGCAGAAAGUGACACAAUGCAAUGCAUUACAAUGCGUGCCUGGAC